AUGGAUCAUCAUUGUGAAGACCCUUUUGCACGUUUCAAAGGCACUUCCAGAGCUUAUCAUAAGGUUGGCGUGUUUAUCUUUAACCGCUCUAGUGUGCAGGAUAAUUUUUAUGGAGAUUUGCUAUUGGUUACGUGCGGAUCUAUGCUUCCAUCCUGGGUUAAGAGCGACGAAAUAUCCAUGAACAGGACUUUUAUUUCGGCUGGCAAAUUCCACUUUAUUUCCAAAGAGCUUAUUUCGUCAAAAAAAAGGGUCCCACUGAAAGAUGCACUGGCCGCUGUUUCCUCUCCAAUGACCAUUACGUCCAUGAACAGGGAGAUGUGCUCCAUUCUGGACAAUUUAUUAGCCUCCUCUGAUGUGUAUCUUGAUUCUAUCCUGCAAAGUGGUAAGCGGUUAUAUCCCAUUGCUCUUCCAAGGAAAAUUGCCGGCAUUUUAUUAGAAAAUCCGUCUCUCAUUGCAGUUACAUGUGACACCUAUAACUCAAAUGUCCACAAGGUCUCUGUAAAAGAAUUCUCCAAAAUAACAAAGCAACAUCAAAGCUACUUUGAGCCGGAGGAACCCGUUAAGGUUCUCCUUCCGUUGACAAAAAAGUGUUUUGCUCUAUUAGACAGCCAACAAUUACCUUUAUAUAUUUCGGAAAGUCAAGAUUUGUCAUCCACGCUGGGGACAAAGCUAGCAUGGGGUUACAUGAUCCUAUUGGAAUAUAUUGACAAAAAUUCAGGCGAUUCUAAUUUUACUGCCCCCUUUUCAGCUAAUAUUGAGGAAGCAGUAAAAUAUGCCCGUCUUCAUUUGGAUCAACAAGUCUCAACCAAAGAAGCUCUUGAUGCUCUCCGCUAUUUGGAGAGCCCUAUCAUUGUGGAUUCCAAUUUGAUUCAAAAAUCCCUUUCAGAUGGUAAAUUUGCUUGUUUAAACGAAUCUGGUGACAUGGAGCUCCAAUUAUGGGAUGCUUUUUCAGAGGAUGAACUUCGAUCCUUAAUAUAUGGACCCACUCAUAUGCAAGAGUCUGUCGCCGAAAAUCAAGCAGGCGAAGAUGAAGAUGGAGAUGAUUUCUUUUUUACUUCUGACGAGGAAAAUUCAGACGGGCUAGAUUGCAAUCAGGAAUAUGACGAGUUUGAGGUUCUUGAUACCCUUCUUCGAGAUCCGGAGUUGCUUAUGAAGGUUAUCGAGAGAUAUUCGGCAUCUGGAGAAUCUUCAAAGGAUCUCUUAUCAAAGCUCUCAAAAUUGAAAAUUGAGCAGGUGCAAGAACAUACCCCCUCAGCUGAUGAAAUACCAAAUAGCGAGGAUUCUGAUUCACAGUUGUCAUCAAAUGACGAUGCUUUUUCGGAAUAA